GCGGGCGCCGCCACCAUGGCCUCGCCGCCGCUCCCGCGCCCGCUGCUGCUGCUCCUGCUGCCGCCGCUGCUGCUGCUCCUGCUGCCGCCGCCGCCGGCCGCCCCCGGGACGCGCGGCCGGCCGCCCUCCCCGGCCCGCCGCGCGCCGAGAGGGGCGCCCCUCGCAGGAGCGGGGCCGGCGCGGCCGCCCGAGCCCGGCCCCGGCCCCGAGCGCGAGCCGCCGCCGCCGCCGCCGCCGCCCACGCCGCCCCGGGAGCGCCGCCGGCCCGCGCCCCCCGGCCCCAGCCGCACGGCCCCCCGGCCGGCCGCCGUCACACGCCGGGGACCCUCGCGCCGGGCGCCCCGAGGCGGGAGCGCGGCUGCUGAAACGAACAGUUGGCCAGAAAGUAACACUGAAUCCCACACAGAAAACGUCACCUUUGAUCAGAACCAAAUGGACUUUUCCACAGUGGUCUCCAAGGAGGGUGUGAGGACUCAGACCCCCAGAAAGAACCACACUUCUUCAGAUGCUCCAGAAAACUUCACUCCACAAACUGAAGCAGCAGAUGCUGGAGGAAGAAACGACUCUUCCGGGAAGACAAAUUUCACCAUUUCCCCCGUCGGGGCUGAGACAGCAACAGCUCUGACUUCCCAGAGCGUCACCACAGCUUUGGGAACUCCUCACUUGCCAUCCAGCUCAGGGUCUGAAGGAAGAACUGCCCCUUCGCACACGGAGAGCGCAACAUCCCGGGGUUCCCUGGCGAGAGGAAAGGGGCUCCCAGAAGAAGUGACCGUGCACAGCCAAGUGGCUGCCACUUGGGUUUUAGGCCAGUCCCCUCUUCCUGCUCUGGAGGUGGGAGAAGGGAAGAGAAACAUCUCAAGACCGGCGUUCUCCUGGCUGCCUUUCUCCAGGACACCGUCUUACUCCCCUCCCUCAGAGCCCGCCUCGGCUUCUGGAAGCACAGAGGUGCUAAACAACUCCACUGUUCUCCCAAGCGCCUUGGCGAGUCGGACAGAGAGUAUGCAUGUUGCCACCACGCUCCCCAGUGGUGUCCCAGGGUUGCUCCAGUCCUUAACCAUCAGUCUGUGGCCUCUAAAUGAGACAGAGAGUUUCCUCAAGGACUCCGAGAUUGCCCGGACUUCAGUAUCAGCCCAUUCUUCACACUUUGAGGCAGGGUUGCAAAGAAACAGUGAAGUAAUCAGGAAUCCGGGGGAUGGGGGAUUCAUUGAGCCGUCCACAGAAAAUGGAUUUGGCCUCGCAUCUUCCAGGGUCUCCGUGGGAUUCUGGCAAAAUGAUUCCCCAACCUUGGGAGGAGACGAGCUUGCCAGCAGCUUGGAGGCAGAGCAUGGAAGCCCCGUGUCUCGGACCGAGGCUGUGUCCGGGUCCGUCCCGUCGGGCAGGAGUGGAGACAGCACGGCGCGCUCCUUCUUGACCAAGAGCAAGGCGUUUGCAGAUGUGACAGGAAGCUCUACUUCCUAUCCUGAAGUUGUGCACGCUUCAGUUUUGACCCACUUCUCAGCCUCUGCCCCCCAGUCUAGAGGAAGUGACGGAGCGCUGGGCGAUAGGAGCUCCGCUGAGCCGGCCACCGAGUCCUUGUCCUCAUCCUCCUCCGAGAGCCUGGAUUCCUCGGCACCACGUGGUGAACGCUUGACCACUGAAGAUGGUCCGGAGCCCGGAGGCAGUUCUGAUGGGGAAGAGAGGACUUCCCAGGCUCACCACCCGCACACUUCAGCUACUUUCACCGGAACUGGAGAGCGCACGCUGCGGUCUCUCACCAACGCGAGCACAACUUCUGGGGAAGUGAGGCAUUCUGUGGUAGUGCCCAGAGAAACCGAGAGCGCCACCCAACGCGGGAACGUGACCGUGACUGGUGACGCCCACCUGGUCUCGGGCUCACUGGCGGCCUCACCGUCCCUGGGAGUCACUGGAAUUAGCUACAAUCAAGUGCGUGGCACGGAUAUGGAACAGGGGACUUCCAGUGACUACACAGACCACACCUAUGUCUCAUCUACUUUCACCAAAGGAGAACGGGCGUUACUUUCCAUUAUAGACAACAGUUCUUCCCCGGACUUAAGGGAGAGUUCUACCUCUUCUACUAAGAUCUCGAACUCUUCACAUUCAGACUAUUCUUCCUCUUCUCAGGCUCAGACUGAAAGAAGUAAUGUGUCGUCCUAUGAAAGGGAGUAUGCCCAGCCUUCCACUGAGUCGCUGGGUCUGCGCACAGCCAACGUUCCCUCCUACGCACCCACCAUUAACAUGUCCAACACUUUGGUUCUUCUGGACACUGAUGCUGCAUCGAUUGGUGACUCUUCUUCUUCUUCAGGGCCCCCUUUGCCCCUGCCCUCAGUGUCCCAGUCCCACCAGUUGUUCUCAUCAAUCUCACCAUCAACCGGGGCCUCUACUCUUCCACUGCAGUCCACUCCCGAUGCGCCCACACCAGUGUCUUCCUCACCACCACCCUUACCAGGGUCCCUGACAGCAUCUGCCCCUGCCUCACCAUCUGCCUCCCAAACAACCCUACCACCUUCACUUUCUACCCUGGUCCUGCCCAGGGCAAGAGACACCCCUGUGACUUCAGUUCAGACGGGGACAAUGGCAUUAUCUGUGGCAAUGCUCCCCAGCGGUCAAACAGCAGAUCCUAAGAACCAGAGUCACCCACACCAUGAGAAAGUCAUUACAGAAUCAAAGCCACCAGGCCCGGAGUCUCUGCCCACAGAGGCCCCUGAAGCUAUAACAGUGAGAUCUACGUCAGGGAUCCCUAAGCCCUCGACCUUAACAGAGUCCUCCACUCAGCAAACCCUCCCAGCCACGAGCACCAGCGUACCCCAAACGUCUCCAGCUUUGACAACCACCGUCCUUGAGACCUCUCAUCCCUUCAGCCCUGCGUCAACCACAGCAGCUCCCAUGGCUGACCCCACAACAGUACAGACUACGGCUGAAAAACAGCUCUUGCCAACCAGCCCCGAAAUCCCAGCACCACGGAUCUCCACAGAAAGCUCUGUCACCACAGAAAGGAGCCAAGUCCAUGGAGAUGCUACCAGCCAGUUGAUCCCCCUCACCAGUGUACCCACAUCAGCAAAAGGAUUGACCCUAAGACCUGGCAUGACAGAAUACAGCCCGGCUUCACAUUUCCUCAGAACAUCUCCCCCAACCACAGGCGUUUCCACGGCCGAAGUAUUGACUCCUAAAUCUACCACUGUCGCUGCCCAGAGCAGCACACAGUCGCCAAAAGCAUUGUCAUCUCCAGCCUCAGUUAACAGCUGUGCCACUAACCCUUGUCUUCACGACGGGAAAUGCGUUGUGGACCCUACUGGCCACGGGUAUCGCUGCGUGUGCUCACCCUCCUGGCAAGGGGAUGACUGCAGUGUGGAUGUGAAUGAAUGCCUCUUGAACCCCUGCCCACCCCUGGCCACAUGCAACAAUACUCAGGGAUCCUUCACCUGCAAAUGCCCGGUUGGCUACCAGAUGGAAAAAGGAAUAUGCAAUUUGGUUAGAACCUUCGUGACAGAGUUCAAAUUAAAGAAAACAUUUCUCAAUACCACCGUGGAGAAACAGGCAGACCUACAUGAAGUUGAAAAUGAGAUCACCAAAACAUUAAAUAUGUGUUUUUCGACAUUACCUGGUUAUACCCGAUCCACAGUUUAUGCUUCUAGGGAGCCCAGUGCAGUGGUCAUGUCACUGCAAACCACCUUCUCCUUGGCCUCCAACGUGACGCUGUUUGACCUGGCUGACGGGAUGCAGAAAUGUGUCAACUCCUGUAGGUCCUCUGCUGAGGUCUGCCAGCUCUUGGGAUCUCAGAGGCGGAUCUUUAAAGCGGGCAGCCUGUGCAAGCGGAAGACUCCGGAAUGUGACAAGGAGACCUCCAUCUGCACCGACCUGGACGGGGUCGCCCUGUGUCAGUGCAAGUCGGGCUACUUCCAGUUCAACAAGAUGGACCACUCCUGCCGAGCAUGUGAAGAUGGAUAUAGACUCGAAAAUGAAACCUGUAUGAGUUGCCCAUUUGGGCUUGGUGGUCUCAACUGUGGAAACCCUUAUCAGCUGAUCACUGUGGUGAUCGCAGCAGCAGGAGGUGGGCUGCUUCUUAUUCUAGGCAUCGCGCUGAUUGUUACCUGCUGCCGAAAGAGUAAAAAUGACAUAAGCAAACUCAUCUUCAAAAGUGGAGAUUUCCAAAUGUCCCCAUAUGCCGAGUACCCCAAAAACCCUCGCUCACAAGAAUGGGGCCGAGAAGCUAUUGAAAUGCAUGAGAACGGAAGUACCAAAAACCUCCUCCAGAUGACGGAUGUAUAUUACUCGCCCACAAGUGUAAGGAAUCCUGAACUUGAACGCAAUGGACUCUACCCGGCCUACACUGGACUGCCGGGGUCACGGCACUCGUGCAUUUUCCCUGGACAGUAUAACCCAUCUUUCAUCAGUGAUGAGAGCAGGCGAAGAGACUACUUCUAAGUGCGCAAGACAGAGGGGGCGCCCAGCACUCUGAGCAAGUUUUGGGCCCUCAGCUGCUCGGAGGACUGCAGCAGGGGGGAGCGUGCUCACCGGCUGCCCCCAGGACUCUUGGACGCACACUGCAGUGGCGAGCGGGAAGCGGGACAGGCGUGAGGGGCGUGACCGCAGGGGAAGGGCACGGAUGGAUCCGGGACGUGGGACUGGGGGCCGCUCCUUGGGCACCUUCGCCCUUACUGUGAACGUGAACGUGGGCCAGUCCCGGGAGUCUCUGAGUGCCGUCGCCGCCCCCGGGCUGACCCGCAGCCAGGGCACGUCGUCAGGCGCCUUCGCCAGGACCCAGUCUUUCCGUAGUUUGCACUUUAGUAAAUUGGAUAGGGAGGUCUCCUUUCGGAUUUUUUCCAAGACUGUUCCAAAAAGAAGGCCUCUUUUCCUCAGACACUCCCGUAGGCCUCGACCUGUGAUUGAUUUACCGCAAAAUACAGGCUCUUUCGUUGUUUUCCUGCCCGGUAUCUCCGUGCUAAACAACAGAUGAUGAUGAUGAACAUACCACUAAGGUUUGGAGAUGCUGCAGGUGAGCAUACAGCAUUUUAGCAGGUUCUAGGUCUUAUGCAGUUUCCAAGCCCACCCUCAAAAUGAGGAACUGAAAUGUGGGAGGCAUAGCACACACUCCAUUUUUUAGUCAAGGUGACAUUUCUUUAAGAUUAUAUUUUCCCUCUGCAGUUAAGGGCAAAACAAGUUGCAUUUGCUUUUAAUUAGAGGCCUCCCGCCGCCGGUAGUGAGGCCGGGCAGGCCGCGCCGGGCUCGGGGCCCUGGGGGGAGGAGGCCCGGAGGGUCACAGAGCCGCAGGCCGUGGGGCGCUUCUCAUCCCGGAGGGCAUCGCCCAGUGCUGGUCCCGGGGAGUGUGACCCCCCCCGAGGCCGAAGCUGCCGUGUCUGUGCAGUAGAAAUGGGAAGCUGAAUGCAGCCUGGGCCCGAGUGGGUAUUCCACCGCUGAAGGAGAAGCGGUGGGAUGUGGCUAGAGGACUGGGCUGACCGGGCACGUUCCGCUUCCUGAAACCCCCGCGCUUUGGGAAGCCGUGCGGGUUCCUGAGGAAGACCCGAGAGCUGGGACAGAGCCACACGUCCGUGAGUCUGCUUCCCUCCUGGGGCCGCUUCUGUGAUCCUAUCCCGCAUCUUGUCCACAAACUCAGUGUCCACUUUCAACCAACGGCCCAGAGCUGUUUAUUCACUGAAGAGAUAACUUAUUUUCUCUCAUGCAGUAAUUUGUCCCCCUUUAUACUACUGCCGAGUUCCCUCCAGAAACAUAAUUUAAGUCCGCAUUGGAGAACGAAAGACUUCCGGCCAGUUAAGGAGUUGAGAGUUUGCCUUUGGGAAGGAAAUGCCACAUGUCUUAUUUAUUAUGCCUGUGACAUGGGUCCUGUGGGGUAGGGGGGGCAUCCCCAGGGCACGGUGUCUUUACCUGCUAUUUGUGGAACUGCGAUUAUUCCCGCCAUGUGCUUUUGACACAUCCUGGUUUGGGAUGAAGUAGAACACAGUGGUAAAGAAUCGUUCCCACCCUGAAGCUUGGAGCUCAGGGGCACCCACAUUUCUGGAAGCCGUCUAGCCUUUGGGGACAGUUCUGUCCUGGGCAUGGUUGUUUCUUCAGAGUUCUCUUUUUAUCUCUUCAGAGUGUAUCUCACCCUUACUGUUCUGUAACCCUUGUCCUUAGAGUUUUAAGUGUCAACUCCUGUGUCCCAUGGUCUCCACGAGCCACCAUCACCCUGCUGCUGCAGGAACACAAGUCGGGUGUGAUGCUUUUUAGUCAUUACAUUGGACUCAUCUCCUGAGAUACAAAUUCAGCGGAUGGCACCUUCAAAUUUCAGAGCAUCACCUUUCUGAAACCUUUGGGUCUUGCAGCUCUCUGGGGAAGCCUCUGGUCUCACAUCUACCUGGAGAGCUCCGAGCUCCUGCCCUCCGCUCACCCUAGCCAACAGGCUUGGCUCCCUCAUGAGGUGGCCUCGCUUCCUGGCUCUUGAUGCAGAUCCUUGCUCAUCCCCAGAACCCAGAGCCACGGGGGGGGGGGGGGGGGGGCUGUUCCCAAGCAUACUCAGCUAAAGGUGUCAGAUGCUAUCUCAGCUGACAGACCAUCUCCUGUGUCAGGACCAGAAGCUAUAAGCUACACAGAAUGAAGCGUGCUGUCUCAGAAGCAUUCUUGAGAAGACUCGCAAAGUCCAGAAAAGAGUGUCUUGUGAGUUCCGAGAAUGCUUCGCUUUGAGUAGGUUUUGUGCAUGUGAAGUGGAUUAAGAAUGUCGUUUUUCUUUUACUGUGAAAAAAGGAGGCCCCCGACAGUGUUAGGUUCAAAUGUAUCUCACUUCUAGGAGGCUGUGGGGUUGGGAAACGGUAUCUCAAGAGCAGGAGGGUCUAAGAAGGCAUGAAAACAGCGUGACGGUUACCCAGUUACACGUUAGCUGCCCACCCUGAGUGAGGAGAGGGGAGGCUGGCUGCACCCCUGUCUGGGCUUAAUACCUCCCAAAGGGCCCUGUCUGGGCCGAGGGCAAACAUCCAGGACAGCAGCAGCCUCUGGACUGGAGGGACAGGCCUGGGGGCACCCCUGGGAAGCAGAAGCUCUCACUUCCGGCACAGGUGCUCCGUGUCAGCCCCUGCACCUGGAAUGUGUGCCUCGUGGCCACAGGAAUACCACAGUCCUGCCUCGCUGGGGCCCCACAGCUAGGGGAAGGUGGAAGGGAAAAGGGACACUUAACUGCUCAUGAGAGGCUUCACCUUCUGGAGGGCCUGGCGGGGCCGAACGGAAGCCAUGUGUCCUGUAGCAUGCGGUGGCACCACACCGUGACUCAGAGCAGAACGGGGUUCCCUGCCAGCUUCCCAGCCACUGUGGGUUUUGUUGAAGCUCCAGGGAGUCUUCUUUCUCCUGUCUUUUCCUCUUGGCCCCAUGAGCCAGCCCAGGGCCCUAAAGACCAUUGAUGAAGUCUACCUGUCGUGACCAGAAUCUCUGGUGUUCCCCCCCCAUGACCAGGCUCUGUGCAGGGUCCUUGGCCUCACCACACCCUGGUGAAGUGUGCAUGAGAGUGUCUGUUUCUUGCACACGUGAACUUUCAGAGAGGAUGAAUAUCUUGCCUUAGAGAGCCAGGAUUCAAAUCCUUCUCCCUUUCUUGCCUUCCUGGUGAAUGCUUCACCAUCCAAAUGGACCUGACAUGUCAAAGACGGCAGGAGAGAGUGGGCUUACAAAAUACUUUUUUUUUUAAGAACCUUAACAUUAUUAAGCAUCAACUGAACUAAUGAUAUGAAAUGCAAAAAAAAAUGAAUCCUUUUUGAAAAGGUCCUUUUGGGUUCAUCGCAUAUAAUUGCAUCUAUUUUUUGGACACGUGAGGUCAUCAUUAAGAGAAGAGUGGCUUGUGUUUAGCGAGAAGUGUACUGGUACGUGGCUUUGGGUGUAGGAAGGGUGAGGUGAUGACCCGGGUUUUUGACAAACGCAGCCAGACUUAGAUGCCCAUCUGAGGGCUGCUUCGCCUUGUAUUAGAAGCAUAUUUUUGUGAACGUGAUCAGAGUCGUGAACAUAUUCAGUUGAAUGUUUUAAAUGCUGACAAAUCUUCCUCCUUUGAUGAAAAUUUAUUUUCAGAAGCAGCUAAGUCAUUUAGAGCCAAAUUUGUUGAAUGGAUAGUGUAAUCAAGCUGGCUGCUAGCAUUUGGAAUUAUAAACAAAGAUGUGACUAUUAAGUUCUCGAAGAGGUAAUUCUUAAAGUUGGUCCCAACAGAAGGCAGCAUCUUUGCAGUACAAGGCUGGAUGGCUGCCCAAGAAAAGGUUUUUGAGGGAUGAUAUUUAUUCAGAUGUGGAAGCUCCCAGAGCAGGCACAUUAGGGUCAUUCCUCACAUGUGGCUUUGUGGGGUCUCCAUGAAGCCAUCUUGCCCACUGGCCAAGUGCCCAGGUACCUGGUAGGCUGGGGAACUUUGCCUGAAGAAGCUAAAGCCGAGCAUUCUAGUUGCUCCUGACUUAGUUUAGCCUAGCAUGCCCCAAAGUCGGGUUCUGACCCAUCGUUCUAAGAUACUUACCCUGAUUUCAAAACUAGGCACUUCUUUGGAGGCAGGAAGAAUGCAAGGUUCAGUAUUUCAGUAUUUUCUGUCUUCUUUAAAACUGCCCUUAAUGUCAGAGAUAUUUUUUUUAUGUGAAGACUUUUUCGGGAUUAGGAGGGACAUGUCAUUUCCUCCUUGACAAAACAUCAUUCUGAGGUUCUUGUGUGCAUUUUUGGAAACAGAUAGGGUUUUGUAGAGUUGUCUUUUGAGUAUGUGUUCUUUUUUUCUUUUCUGAAAUCCCCAGAGAAGGAGACUGGUUAAAAGACUAGAAAUAUUAAAGUAUUAAAUGCCAGUUAAUUUGUUGUGCUAAAGUAUCUUUUCAAUAGUGUUAUAAUCCAUCCUGUUUGGUAUCAACUGCUCACAAAAAAGCCUGUGAAACCCAAGGGGACAAUUUAGGUCUAUAAAGAGAGAUCUUAACCAGCUUUGUCCCCUCCGCAUUUUUUAAGAGGACAUUUCAAAGGAUUUGCCUACUAGAUUCUGGUUUUAUCUUUUUUUUUUUGGACAUGGAAUGCAGAUGCAGAGUUCUUUCCUAGGAAGGAUGGGACUGGACAGGGAUGGGAUGGAACCAGUCUAUGCGAAACUAACCCAGAUUUCUGUAUUACCUUGGCCUGUUUCUUCAAAAAAAGAAGGUCUUUCAUUAUGGGUUGCUGUGAGUUUUGUUAAUGUUUGUGUUGCUGGACUUAUGGUUAAGUGAAGCAUGUAGCUGGAAUAUGAGCUUCUUGAGUUUUCACAUUGUCCCGAAUUUCUUUUUGCAAACCUUUAAACCUUAGCCCCUGGUUGAUUGUGUUAAAACCAUUAUGAGAAUGUUAUUUAAAGUUGUAUUAUAAUUGCCACCUCCACUAAUUAUUCAGUACUGUAGCAGCAAAAUAUUAUUUGUAAGAAUUUGGUUAUUUUUAUACUUAUAUCUACUUUAAGUCUGGCGUUCUAGUCAGUAAAUGAUGCAAUAAAAUGAAUAUCAUUUU